CACGUAUUACGUCUGAAUACAGACUACCGGUACUUUCGUUGUUGCUUGCCGAUGUCGAGAGAAGGACGAGAAUCGUGUCAGAUGCAGGAGAGACCAAGUGAGGGCAGGCGGCAAAAUGACACAGGUUUUAGAUCUAUCCACCAAACGAAUCAAAGAUGUACCUAUCUCAGAUCUAGUCACCAUCAAGCAAGAACCGGUGGAUGAAACAAGUGAUGAUGGUUACUUUACAAGUCUAGUGAACGGGAGAGAUGAACACCAUACCAAGUCAUCAAAUCAUGUCUUUCAGUACGAACCAACGCACCAGGGUAUUCCUUUCACUUCCUAUAGCCCCGUCUAUCAUUCUCUACCAAACAAUAACAUCGCCAUCAAAGAGGAGACCUUGGACAUUAAAGAAGAGACUCAAACCAUUAAAGAAGAGCCUGUAGCGGAUGAAGAUCGGUGCGAAGUGUGUCAUAGACCUUACGACGAUGGAGAACAUAAGAGGACUACAUUCCGUUACGUCCUGCAUGAUAUCGAGCUGGUGCUGUGUACAAAGUGCUGCGCCACCAUCGAAUCGAAGCAGGAGGAUGAGAAGUUUGAGGGCGGAAGCGAGGACACGUCAAUCGCCGAAGACGAGACGGACGGUGGCUGGCUGGAAGUGGAUGAGAAGGACGGGUUAGAGCAGUUCCGUAGAGACUAUCAGGGAACCGAUGAUGAUGAUAUGGAUGAGGAGAACGAAGGGAGGUUGAUGAUUGAUACCGAGAGUGAAACCAGUCAGACGGAACCGAUGACGAGACCGGAAGAUUCUCUUGAAGGACAUGGCAACCAUCUUGGUCAGAUCCAGGGAGUGUUUCCUGAUGAGGAUCCUAGUAAACGCCAUCUAUGUCCAAUCUGCGGAAAGCGGUUCACUCUACGAGGUUGUCUCACCCGUCAUCUGAAGAUCCACACAGGUGAAAAGCUUCAUCAGUGUGACGAGUGUCCAAAGGCGUUCACACGUGCCAGUAAUCUACGUUCACACAUGAGAACGCAUACGGGUGAGAAGUGCUUCCAAUGCCCCAUCUGCGGGAAACUUUUUGGUCAGGGUAGCUGGUUGAAGCGUCACAUCCGCACUCAUACGGGCGAGAAGGAAGUCAAGUGCGAGAUCUGCAACAAGUGGGUCAGCUCGACGACCAGUCUACAGUCCCAUAUGAGAACGCACACUGGGGAAAAACCCUUCCCUUGCAAAAUAUGCAACAAGAGCUUCAGUGUGAAAUGCACCUUGACUGUCCAUAUGCGCAUUCACACUGGUAAAAAGCCGUUUGUUUGUGAGGUGUGUGGUGCCGCCUUUAUCCAGAGUACUCAGCUAGCCACCCAUAUGCGGAUACAUACUGGAGAAAAACCCUACGUGUGUGAGGUCUGUCAACGGCAGUUUGGCAAGAAAGAAAAUCUUCUUAUCCAUAUGAAGAUUCAUACUGCUGGUCAGAACUUUGAUUGCAGGUUCUGCAAUCAAAGAUUUGACAAUUCUGAGGAGCUGAAAACCCAUACCCUUCUUCAUAUAGAGAAGAGACCAUACGUUUGUGAAACGUGCAACAAAGCAUUCAAGAGGAAGGAUAAUCUCAAGGAACAUUACAAGGUUCACACUAAAGAGAAGCCGUACACUUGUGAGGUUUGCAGAGAGUCCUUUUCCAACGCAAGCCAUCUGAAGGUUCACAUGAGACGUCACACCGGGGAUAAACCUUACUCGUGUGAACUCUGCGGUAAGUGUUUCACGCAAAGCAGCAGUUUAAAAACACACUAUCUCAUCCACACCGGUGAGAAACCUUAUUCAUGUCCUAUAUGUAAAUCAGUGUUCACACGCAAUGCAAGCGUCAAGAAACACAUGAAGAGGGCACACAACGCCACCAUGCCACCCAAGGAGGAACCAUCAACGGCGCCCUCUCCUGUUGUGAGUGAGUCAGUUGAGGUUAGAUAAUCUUGGAUGGCAACCUUCCAAGUUUCUUUUUUUUUGUACUUUCACAAUGGCCUUUGUAUGUGUAGAUAUGAUGCGGUGUGUUUUAUAGAUAUUUAUGUCCUUGAUCCAGAUGUUUUACUAUGUAAAUGAUUGAAAGAUUUCAACCUUUGAUGACCCAUCAAACCUGUUUGUUAAUAGAUAACUAUAAUGAUCAUAGAUGAAACAAUAUGCAAUAUACCUCCAUAUGUAAGGUAUAGAGAUUAUAUUUCCAAGAGAGAUGUUUGUUGCCUGUUUGUAUGUCCAUGUAGUCUGUCAUGUGUAGGAAUUAUAUUGAUAUUUUCCGAGAUGGGUCUGGGGGUAUUUCUGAUUUUGUAAAUAAAGACUUGAUUCAAUAGUACCUGCUUUAGAUGUUCGUUAAUUUGAUAGUAUUAUUAUUUCUUUAAUUAUUAUUCUUACCGUAUGGACCUUCACUACAGGUACAUAAUCAUAGCUAAUGUCUUGGAGGUAGAUGCAGGAUAUCCAGAAAAGAAAUCAAAGUUUUAUAGAUAUAUUUCUUUUGAUACGAACAGGGGUCACAGGGAAUACUGGUAUAUUGCUACUUGAUAUUUUGCAGAUAAAACUCUAGACAAAAUACUGCAAUAUUGAUAUUUUUUAUUCAAAUUAUUGACACUUUGUUUGGGUGGAUGGGGGAUUUCAAUUCUGCUGGUGGUAUUGGUGAUAGAAGCACAGUUUGGGAUUGAAUGAUCCAUAUCACAAUAUUAACAGCUCAAUUUCUAGUGAAUAGUUUUUCAGGACCAAUGUCAUUUUAUAUUUGGUGGUAUGCUGAUGUAAAACUUUCCCUAAUACCAACAUCAAAAGGUCAACACUGAACUUUAAAUCACCCAGUGUAUGCAUUCAUCACUUUCUGUGUGAAUAAAGAGUACCAAAAUUUACAGAUAUUUUUUUUUUUAUCACAAAGCAGUUGUGUAUCAUCAAGAAAAUGUCACUUUCAAAAAUAUCAUGAAUUUCUAGUGGGUGCUUCAUGCUCCGUUCUACUGUGUAAAAUCUAUAAUUUCCCAUGAAUUUAUUAAGGUGUAAAUAUUUAGCAAACUUAAACUAAUAUUGGAAAUAAAAUAUAUCUUCAAAUUUAUCAAUUAAACUUUUAUAUUUAAAAUUGUAACAGAAAAUUGUAAAUAACACUGAAUAUACAAUCAGUAUAUGAUUAUGGUGGGGAUAAAUAGAUUUUUAUAAUCUAUGACUUUCUUGUUUUCUAUCAAAUGAUUAACAGACUCUAUUUGAGCUCUAUAUUUGUUUUUCAAAUUCAUAGCAGAGAGAAGAAUUUUUCUGCUUUGCAUUCAUUUUCAAACAACUUUUGUGUACAAAAGUUAUUGAUUCAAUUGAAUGCUAGGUUCCUUUCAUCUUUAUUGGCCAAUCAAGAUCAUCAUUUCAUUCACACUUAGUUCAAAAGACCGAUCAGUAGCCAAUCACAAUUGGGGUUAAAUCAUAACCAGUGAGUUUUAAUCUGUAUAGAAACUCCCCACAAACAUCAGUGUUGAUUUGAAUUCUUUUGUUGUUUUUUUCAAAUUCUGAAUGAGGAAUGCGAUAUUUAUGUGAUUUAUUCAAAGGUCCAAUAAUACCUUGUAAAAAUUGUUUGGUAAUUGCAAUCAAUUAUAUGAGUUGUGAACAAUGGGACUAUUGCAAGGUACACGUUAGUGUAUGUAUGUAUGUUUAUCCUGUUAUCAUGUGUGUGUGUGUGUGCAUAGUGGGAACUAGUAUCUAUUGUUUGAGGUAAAAAAUGAUAGGUCUAUUUGUGAUAUUUGGUAUUAAGCACACACUACAUAUAUGGAGAUACCGUGUGCAUGUACAGUGAUGUAUUUUUUUGUUCUUUCGUUAUAGUUGGGAAGGAAUUCCUGCUUUUUAGCAUUGUGUUUUUUUUUCCAUUCAGGGAUAGAUAACUUACACUAUAGAUAUCUGUGGAUUUUUUUUUUUUUUUGGGGGGGGGGUUAUAUUAUUUUACUAAUGUUUACUGGAUUGCUGAGUAUAAUACACAGUAUUGUACAUGUAUAAUGCUGUUUCUUUGAUAUAAAUGUUGUAGACCUUAUAAUCUGUAUUGUUGUGUAUGGUGUUGUGUGGGUCAUCAUUAAUUAAUUAAUUCAAAUACAUAUGUGAAUAAACUCUUCAAACAAAACAAACAAACAAAAAUCCUUUUUUAAGCCUUCCAUUUGAAUUCUCAAAUUGUAAUUUUGUAAAUUGCUGAUCACUCCCAUCCUGUUAGACAUGCAAUAAAGUUAAAGCGGCCAAUAAAUCAGUGAACAUUGAUAUUAAACAUUCUUUUUGAGUUAUUGAUUAUAGAUAUUUGGGCUUGUGUGGGAUUUGAUGUUAUAUAUACAUGUAGGUAACUAAGGUAAGACAUCUAAUAGUACUCUUUUCAAUGUUACUUUAUGUGUAUAUAUCAUUUUGCUUGUAAUAGUAAUAGUUGUUACAUGUAUUGAAAAGAACGUCAUUAUUUUUGAGGAACAUAGUUUUAAUAGGUGCCUGUAUGAUAUGAUAUACAAUUAAGUGACUUCAGGUGAAUAUCUGUAAAAUGUAAAGAAUGAAGUUAAUUUUAUACUGUAAGUUAUUGUGUAUGUUUAAAGUGAGGUUUGGUAUUAUAGAUAUAUUUUGCAUUUAAUUUUCCAUUGAUUCAAUUUGCUAUAAUUAUUAUGAGGAAUUUAAGGGUGAAUAAUUCUUUAACACUAUGAGAAAAAAUAUUUAUGUCAUUUAGAGAUUACUUGUUUAUGUUUCAUUAUUCUGUGGGUUUUGUAUCGCAAUGUGAACAGUUUUCUUGUUAUUUGCACUAUGUUUGUUCGUGUUGUUAUUGAACAAAUUGUAUAACUACAUGAAAAUAUGUGCUGAGAAAGAGUAAUAAUGAAUAAAGUGAUUAUGGCUAUUGAAGGGGAAAUUUACCCUGACAAGACAUACAUAUAUAUAUAUAUUUGGUUUUAAUAAAAGCAGAAAAAAUCGAGAAAUAUAUUGAUGAAGGUUCAGUGAAAAUCCAUCAAAUAACAACUGAGUUAUGAAUUUUUGAAGUUUUUAAUUUAUGUCACAAAUGAGCGGCUCCUCUCUAAUAUGUAAUAUGAAUUUUUAAAAUUGUUUUCAAGAAAUUGAAAGUUUUUUUUUUUUGUCAGGUGGAUAUAUCAUCAUACACAUAAUUUCAUACACCCCAUUCUAUAAGGAAAAUAUCCCGGGGGCUACUUAGUAUAAAUGUAUGAUACAUAUAUGCUGCAGUCGAGACCCCCACUUUCAGCUUUAAUUUCCGUUCCAGAGCAUCACCAAUUUAGAAAGCCAUGGAAAUUCCAAGUUUUUUCUUGUCCGGAGACCUUCAAAUUUGUGGUUCCUCUUCUCAGUCCACGCCCAUCAUGAACUGCUCAGCCUGUCUGAUAUGGUCAGUUCCAGAGCAUUGCAUUUUUAUCAAUCGUUGAUCCUAGAGCCGUUCUGAAGACCCCAAUUUUAAGACCAAGUAUUCAUUCCAGAGCCCCCUAUUUCUGAUUUUGGUGUGGCACAUAGGUAUCCUGUUAUAAUUCGAGUAGCCCCCCCC